AGUUACACCAACAUGGCUGCUGGCUGAGGUUUCCCCCCCCGCCGGACCUGCAGGCACGUUGCCGCGAGGAGGAGGAGGAGGAGGGGGCCGGGAAAGGCAGCCUCUCCCCUCCACCCCUUGGAGCCACGAGGUAGGAGAAGCAGCAGCGGCGAACUGCCUCCCCUUCCCGGACUUUUGCAAGCUUCUGGGUUCUCUCGAAACAAUACUAGCAACACCACUUUUCUUUCCAUGCUACUAUGGCAAAUGAAGAAGAUGACCCAAUUAUACAGGAGAUUGAUGUGUACCUGGCCAAAAGUCUGUCAGAGAAGCUGUAUCUGUUCCAGUAUCCCGUUCGCCCAGCUUCGAUGACGUAUGAUGACGUAACUCAUCUUUCGGCAAAGAUAAAACCAAAGCAGCAAAAGGUUGAGCUGGAAAUGGCCAUUGACACUUUGAACCCCAAUUACUGCCGCAGCAAAGGAGAGCAGAUCGCGCUCAACGUCGAUGGCACGUGUACAGAUGAAACGAGCACGUAUUCCUCGAAGAUGAUGGACAAGCAAACGUUCUCCUCCUCACAGACGACCAGUAACAUAUCGCGAUAUGCUGCUGCAAUCUACAGAAAAGGUGAGCUCCACCUUACGCCUCUCCAUGGAAUCCUGCAAAUGAGGCCGAGUUUCACCUACUUGGACAAAGCAGAUGCCAAAUACAGAGAGCGAGAAGCUGCUAAUGAGCCUGGCGAUUCUUCCCAGGAUGAAGCGGAAGAAGACGUCAAGCAGAUCACGGUGAGGUUUUCCCGCCCCGAGUCGGAACAGGCCCGGCAACGUCGGGUCCAGUCUUACGAGUUCCUGCAGAAGAGGCAGGCGGAGGAGCACUGGGCUCACUUGCAUUACUACGGUUUAAAGGACAGCCGUUCCGAACACGAGCGCCAGUAUUUGUUUAGUCAAGGUCAUGGCAUGGCUGGGAACACUGAAUUAAUUAAAUCUCCAAGCGAGUACUUGAUGAUGCUGGUGCCUCCGAGUGUGGAAGAUGAAAAGGACAGGCCUGUAGCCCCAAGCAAUGUGCUUCCCAUGGCGCAACUGAGGACUCUUCCCCUUGCGGACCAGAUCAAGAUCUUGAUGAAAAACGUGAAGGUCAUCGCUUUUGCAAACCUGAUGAGCCUUUUGGCUUCUGGGACGGAUCCUACGGCAGCCUUGCGGUGCAUACAGCAGGUGGCGCUGUUGGUGCAGGGAAACUGGGUUGUGAAAAGCGAUGUCCUCUAUCCAAAAGAUACCUCCAGCCCACACAGCGGAGUCCCGGCGGAAGUGCUCUGCAGAGGAAGGGAUUUUGUUAUGUGGAAGUUUACACAAGACCGCUGGGUGGUUCGGAAGGAAGUAGCGACAGUUACAAAACUCGGCCCAGAAGAUGUGAAAGAUUUCUUGGAGCACAUGUCUUUCCUGAGGAUAAACAGGGGCUGGGAAUUCAAGCUCCGCUACGAUGAGGAUUUUGUCCAGAAGCAUCCGGAUGUGGUCCAGAGGCAGCAGAUGCUCUGGAUGGGCAUCCAGGCCAAGUUGGAGAAAGUCUACAACUUGGCCAAGGAACACGUAGCACCAAAGAAACAAGCUGCACAAGCAGCUGCCCCCUUGCUGGUUUCUGGAGAGCAGCGGGUCGGUCUGGCGAAAGCAAGAGUCAAGCAGACCUAUGGGCAGUUGGAGCAAGACUUCCAGAAGCUGAAAGCGGAGGGCAAAGCCAGCCAGGGCACUUGCCCGGUGGACAUAUUUGGCAUCCGUAUAAAAGAAGAGCCCGUGAGCGAUGAGGAGCCUAUGGACACCUCUGUCUGCGACGGCCUCAAUAAUGGACUGGCCAACGGCAUCCAUUCGGAAGAGAACUCUGUGGACUCCGUGAACGGCCUCUUGCCGGUCCAAGAGAGAGUCACGCAAGAACUCAGAGCCUUUGUGGCGGCGACGUUUAAGAAACAGUAUGUGCUAACCCUGAAUGAGCUCAAACGGUUAUUUAAUCUCCAUGUGGCUAGUCUGCCUCCUGGGAAUCUCCUGUUCAGCGGCAUUUCCGACAAAAUGUUACAGGACAUGGUGUUGGACAUGGGCUGCAAACAAAUUAUGGUGCCUUUUCCCCCGCAGACGACUGCGUUGCUGGAUGAAAAAAAGGUCUUUGCACUUUGGGAAGCUGGUGACAUGUACGAUCAGCACCGGCAAAUUUUGCUCGAAAUCUUUUCCAAAAACUACAGAGUGCGCAGAAACGUCAUCCAGAAUCGGCUGGCCCGGGAAUACGGAGAGGAACUAGAUAAACAGGAGAUUGAUAAAAUCUUGAAGGACUGCUGUGUAAGCCAGGGUGGCAUGUGGUAUCUUAAAGGGACAGUACAGCAACCAACAUCUUGACGAAAGGGGUUUUGCUUUAAUUGCAUCGAAUGAACUCCAGGACUGAAGCAGAAAAGGUGGAACAGGCAGAAAGGAAAAUGAUGAGGGGCAGAGCCUGCUGUCCUCACAGCCCUAUGGAUGGAUGAAGUUAUGGACACAGAGCUGCUCGUCUGCAUGGCAUCCAAAAUGCCACCGUUCAACACAAAGAGAAAUCUUUGUGAGUUGUUAGGAUUAAGUUGGGAUUCCUAAUAUAUUAACUUCUCAUCACAAAAAGGGGGGGGGGAAACCACCUACUGACCCAGAUGUUACAGAUCAUGAUCUAAUGUUUUAUUUUGUAACUAACGCCAAUAAAUUGCAAGUUUACACUUA